CAUUAUUGGCCAAGAUUAUGUGUACAACAAAUUAAACUUCAGAUUUCAAGUAUCCACAGCACACAGACAUACAAGGCGAAAGAAUGAGAGCAAUGUGCACAGGUUUUUCUAGCCAUUUAGUAUAGAAAAGAAAAACAUGUCUUAAAUCAAUCAAGUUUAUUUGUAUAGCACAUUUCAGCAACAAGGCAGUUCAAAGUGCCUUCUUUACAUCAUAAAAACACAAAAGUGAAAAGUUUAAGGCAGAAAAUUAUACUAAUGUGCUUUCCAUAGUGGUCAUUAGUGACGAGGCUUCAACCAUACUGAGUGGGGCAGCAACAGGCAACCAUGAAAAUGUCGGUGAGGAAAAAAAAAACAUGACACUUAUUUGCCUUAGUUUUGAAAAAUGAAGAUUUAACCUUAAGAGAAAAAAAAAUCUCAGUGAAAAUUGCCUUUUCGUCUUGUGCUGAAAGUAAACUACUUAAACGUAUGUAGACACAAGACAACAGAAUACUGCGCAUAUUUCAUUUUCAACGAAAUGUUGGUUCAUGCAGAUCCAGUUUUCAGAUUCGCUCAAUUUUUCUUGAUUUUUAGCGACAGAAUUUCACAAACGCACAAUACGAACAUCUAUGAUAAAACAUUCCGAAUUAAUUCAAGAAAUUAUUUUACGAUUAAAUGCACGUAAACGAUAGCUAAUAUAAAAUACUGGAUAACUUAUGUCCGAUUAAUUCGAAAUGGAACUGUGUUUUGUACAGCUAUGGGGGACGAAUUUAAUGAACGUACCAUUCAGGGGUCACCUAUUUUUCCCCAAAAGAUUUAAAUGAAAGCGACCAUUUAGUAAAUUCAUGGCAUGUCGAGGUUUCAACAGUGCUUCCUGUUCGGUGCCUUUACAUCAUGAGGAGGAAUAUUUGUCUGGAACCCAGAACAGCAGGGACAUUUCUGCGGUGGCUGUCUUCGUUUCCCUGUCGGCCUGGUCCGGAUGGUUCUUUAUGGCAAAACAAACAGCAACGAUCUCUGAAAAACAAGAUAAGAAACACGGGUAAAAGCAGGAGACAGCCAUCUCCAGCAGUCCUCAAUCAUUUUGACCAGCAGUACAGCGAAGAACUGGGAGACUUGUGGGCCUCUGCAAGAGCAGUGCUGCUGGACCCUCCGUCCUGGCAGUAUGGGGUCAUGUUAAACCGCUUCAGCUCCGUGACGGCUAUCACACAGAUUCUUCUGUCUCAGGGCUUUUCAUCAAUGCUCCCACAAACGGACGUCUCGGAGCUGCUUCAUAACAGUGACUCUGCUGUGUCUAAUUCUCCACGUCAGGAGGGAAAAGACACUCUCUCACCUCAUUUCUCAAAACGCCCUCCUGAGGACGUUGGUCUCCUGCCCUACAUUACCUCUCAUGCAUUCAGUCAGGCCCGUCAGUCUGAGCGUCCACCCAAAUUUCCUCCUUCCUCAUUACAGUGUUACAUCCACCCACACCCCGUGCGAUUUCCCUCCCCGACCCACCGGCCUGGCCAGCUGAAGCAGUACUACCUCCUGAAUGCUGCCUCGCUUCUUCCUGUGCUGGCUUUGCAAGUGAGAGAUGGUGAUAAGGUCCUGGAUUUGUGCUCUGCCCCCGGAGGCAAAGCUGUCGCCAUAAUGCAAAGUGCAACUCCAGCUCUUCUCUGCUGUAAUGAGCCAGAUCCUCACAGACGGGACUGGCUGGCCAAAACCCUGGAGUCCUUUCUGCCUCCCUCCCUGCGCAGCAGAGUGAUGGUGUCUGCGCAGGACGGCCGCGUCAUCGGGCAAAGCGAAGCCGGUUUUUAUGACAAGGUUUUAGUUGAUGCUCCUUGUUCUAAUGACAGGAGCUGGCUGCAUUCUAGCGACAUACACCGGGGGCAACAGAGACUAGAAGACAGAGCCGGGCUGCCAGAGCUACAGACUCAGCUUCUAAGGUCCGCUAUAUCUGCAGUGCGUCCGGGGGGUGUUGUCGUCUACUCAACCUGCACACUGUCGAGCUUGGAGAACGGUGCUGUCGUUGAGGCGGUGCUGAAAGACUUCCCUGAUGCUGAAGUUGAAAGUCUGUGGGGAGAGAUCGCUCUGCCUCUGUCAGAAUACUUUGCCGUUAUUUCACCCCCUGGUCAGAAACAGGCAGAGCCCGAGCCGUCCCCGCAUCCGCCGAUUGGCUCGGCGUCCGCGUCUCAUCAUCAGCUCGGCAUUCUGGUGGUUCCCCAGCCCGGCAAGACCUGGGGGCCAAUGUUUUUGUCUCGAAUUAGAAAAAAAAAAGGGAUAGAGUCUGACCUCCAGAACAGAGACGAUAGGUGAAAUGCUACUUCUCCGAGUCCUGUAUCAGUUCCAGAACGUCUUUUAGCACAAACUACGCAAAGAAGUUUAGACAUUCCGACGUAAGCACAUCAGAGCGUAAAGGUUACAUAAAGUUUUUAAGGUAAGGAACACUUUAGGUGCAGUCGGAUGUUCAUCUGUCUAAGAGCGCUGUGUGAGAUUUUACAUUUAAGCAGCAAAUAAAAAGCAAACAUGGCUCUGAUCUCUCAUUCUUCAGAGAUCAUCAUCAGAGACAGAUGUAUGUUUGCUGAAUGCUAAUAAUCAACGUUUAAAAUCGAGAUGCAGCAAAUGGUCGUGUGACGGUAACAGAGCUGCUUUUACCCAUAAACCAGCAGGAAAUUCUAAUUAAGGCUAUUAGGAUUGUUUUAGUUGUUAAAGCUCAACUGUUUGCCAUCCAGUCUGAAAUUGGACCAGACUGUUUUUGUUUGGAUCAAAAUGAUUUAUGUGAAGCAUUUGUUAUCCACAGAAGCUGGAAAAGACCUCAAAAAUGUUGGAUUAUUUACAUCCAACAAAGAUCUACCACUCUUUGUCGGUUGUUUUACUCUGUAAAAAGAAAGAAAAAUGCAAACUGUAUUGUUUUACAGGCAAAACAUUGUGGUUUUGUCAAAAUUCUUGACAAAAAAGUGGUAGACAGUUACAAGUAAGCCGCCUUCACACAUGUGUAUAUAGUUAGUAUUUUGUUGCCCCUUUUAAAGUAGAUCGUUUUUUUUUUUUUUUUUUGGAGUCUUGAAUUGUGUACACAAACAGAAAACUUUUUCUUUAAUAACAGUUGAGACAUGAGUUUUCCAGGAAGGAGUCUUGCUGUGCAUCAUUUUCUUUUUCCGUUUAUGCCAUAAAAAA